UGAAAUGAUCAGUUAUCGUUUCAGAAGAAAAUAGUCUGAUCAUAGAAUUAUUUUGUUAUAAAUUUUUUCCUUGUAAAGGUAUUUUAAUUUGUCGAUUUGAAAACGAAAAGUUAUAUAACAUUUUGUUAUUUAACAUGUAUUCAAAUCUAUUGAUCUUGUUAAUUGUGACGAGUAAUUUCAUAGUUGCUUAUACAGAAUACAAUUUAACAUGUUCAUCAAUUCAAUUUUCGUGCAAAGAUUUUUGUAUUCCAUUAUCAUGGGUAUGUGAUCGUUCACUCGAUUGUAAAGAUGGAUCGGAUGAAGAAAAUUGUCAGUUCUCAGUGAAAUGUGAUCGAAAUCAGUUCAGAUGUAAUAACGGUAAAUGCAUUAAGAAAUCAUGGAUAUGUGAUAAUAGUGACGAUUGUAAUGACGCUUCAGAUGAAGAUAAUUGUCCAUCAGACAUGAAGAUGCCAGUUAAUUGUGAAUCGGGUCAAUUUUCUUGUGGAAAUUCUUGUAUACCGCAAGAAUGGAGGUGUAAUAAAAAAUAUGAAUGUGACAAUGGUAUCGACGAAAAGGAUUGCCCUGUUACCUGUAACGCAUUAGAAUGGAAAUGUGAAGUUGAUAAUAAAUGUAUCUCCAAUAAGUGGACUUGUAAUGGAGAGAAUGAUUGUACCGAUGGAUCGGACGAAGCAUAUUGUACAAAUGGAUGCCCUUCGAACCUCUUUAAGUGUGAAAAUAGUCAAUGUAUUGAAAUGGAAUUGAAAUGUGAUCGUAAACCAGAUUGUAACGAUAGUUCAGAUGAGAAGAAUUGUGUUUAUCCGAAUACUUGUACUCAAGAUCAGUUCAUGUGCUUUUCAACUGGAUCUUGUAUCCACUCGAGCUCACUUUGUAACGGUUUUCCCGACUGUACUGAUCAUAGUGAUGAAACUGGUUGUGGCUCUUUGCGUCCAUAUGAGUUAAUUUCGAAUGCUACUGAUGCUAACUUAAAUAGCUGUAACGAAUUACAAUCAACUUGUGCAAAUCGAAAAUGCGUUUGGGAUCAUGCUGUUUGCGAUGGAGUUGAUGAUUGUGGUGACCGAUCAGAUGAAUAUAAUUGUUCAAGAUGCUCAAAGUACUCGUUCAAAUGUGGAGAACAUCUUAAUUCUUGUAUUCCAGAUUCAUGGAGAUGCGAUAAAAUAAUUGAUUGUUUUGGUGGUUCAGAUGAACGUGAUUGUACUAAAUAUAAUUGUACUGGCACCGAGUUCAAAUGUAAUAACGGUAAAUGCGUGAGCGAAUGGCAUAGGUGCAAUGGAGUCGAUGAUUGUGGUGAUAGAUCAGAUGAAAAAGGCUGCUCUGGGAAAAAAUGUUCAGUGACAGAAUUUGAUUGUGGAGACUAUUGUAUUCCAAAACCGUGGCAAUGUGAUGGUCAAACUGAUUGUAACGAUGGGUCAGACGAAAAUAAUUGUCCAAAAGUAACUGAUUGCAAAAAUCAAUGGAAAUGUCGUAAUGGUAAAUGCAUCUCCGUAGACUCAGUUUGUGAUACUCGUGACGAUUGUGGGGACAGAUCUGAUGAACACUUUUGUAUAAAAACAAAAUGUCCUUUCGAUAAGUUUGAUUGCGGCGAUCGUUGUAUUCCAAAAGCAUGGAGAUGCGAUCAAAAAUCUGACUGCGCAAAUGGUGCUGAUGAACAUGAUUGUCCAUCAAGUGAAGUCAGGGCUAGAAGACAUGGCCUCAGAUUCAUAUGCAGUGAAGGUACAGUUCCGUGUGCGGAUGGAUCAGGAUGUAUUCCAAUCGAAUGGAAAUGUGAUGGUCAUCCUAAUUGUAGAGAUGGAUCCGACGAAAGAAAAUGUUUGGCGUCGAGUGCCUUAUAGUAAUAUCGCUUUCAAAUCAUGCUUUCAUUUCCAGUCCAAUAUGUAGCAACCGACAAUAAGUUUUUCUUCGAUCAAGUUUUCUGUAUUAAAAUUGUUAUUCUAAUAGAUA